CUUAGUUAUAAAUUCGCUUUUAGUCCAUUUAAUUGUGUGUAUUAUUUGUGUUUGUAAAUUAAUUAAUGACUAUUUAUUUAAUAUUUAUAAAUAUUUAACACCAAUAUGAUUGAGAUAUCUGAUAUUCAGAAAAUUGGUGUUGGUUUGGCGGGUUUUGGUAUGACAUUCCUGUUUCUUGGAGUAUUAUUAUUAUUUGAUAAGGGUCUUCUUGCUAUUGGAAAUAUAUUAUUUAUAAGUGGAUUAGCAUGUGUGAUAGGUAUACAGAGGACAUUUUUCUUCUUCUUCCAAAGGCACAAAAUCAAAGCGACAAUAGCCUUCUUUGGAGGAAUUACAAUUGUGCUACUUGGUUGGCCAAUGUUUGGAAUGAUAGCGGAAAUGUAUGGAUUUUUAUUGCUAUUUAGAGGUUUCCUCCCGGCUGCUGUAAACUUUUUAAGAAUGGUUCCCGUAUUUGGUUCACUACUGAAUUUGCCAAUCAUCAGAGGGAUCGUUGACAGGAUAGCGGGAGACAACGGACGAAAUAUGGAUACAUCUAUGUAGCAGCAAGAAGACAAUGUAUCAAUAAAAAUAUUUAUUUUA